AUGCCCCGCGGCAGGCUGGGGCCCCCCUCCCGCACCCGUGUGAGCCCCUCCUGGGCCGGGGGGCGGCCGGGGGCGGGGCGGGCCCGGCUCCGGGGCAUCUUCCAGAUCGGCAAGAGGAGCUGCGACGUGGUCCUCACCGACACCGCCCUCACCUGGAGGCCCAUCCGACCCCACCCACCCCAAGGUGAUGCCGAGGCACAACCUGCUGAGAAGGAGGAACUGCUUGAGCUCAAGGACAUAUUCUCAGUGAAACUGAAAAGGCGUCGUUCAGCAAAACAGCAAAGUGGUGGUACUUUGUUAGGGAUCACACUUUUUGUGUGCAAGAAGAAAGAGAAGAAUAAACUAGAAUUUUACACAGUUCAUCUUCACAAUUUAAGUGAGGACCACUGUGAUUUGUGGUUUAGACGUUUAAAGGCAAUCUUAACUGGUUUUCCAAACAGGCCCAAAUCCCUGAAAGUACUCAUUAACCCACAGAGCCAUAAAAAAGAAGCUACCCAGGUCUAUUAUGAACAGGUUGCACCUCUGCUCCACCUCGCUGAGAUAAAAACUGAUGUCUUGGUAACAGAAUAUGCUGGACAUGCUCUAUCACUGCUUAAGGAAUGUGAUCUCCAAGAAUUUGAUGGGAUUCUCUGUGUCGGUGGCGAUGGGUCUGCUAGUGAAGUGGUCAAUGGGCUACUUCUUAGAGCCCAAAUGGAUGCUCGGAAGGACACGGAUUACAUCCUUACACCUGUCAAAACAACACUUCCUCUCGGUAUAAUACCGGCAGGUUCCACCAAUGUACUGGCACGUUCUCUUCAAGGCAUCACUCAUGUAGUGACGGCAACUCUGCAUGUUAUAAUGGGACACAUAAAACCAGUAGAUGUGUGCGUAUUCAGUAGCAUGCAGAACUUUCUUCGCUGUGGAUUCUCAGCUAUGUUUGGCUUUGGCGGAAGGACUUUGGCUUGGGCAGAAAAGAAGCGUUGGAUGCCUGCUACGCAACGAAGACAUUUUGCUGUGGUUAAGACAUUGGCAAAUCUCAAGCCUACAGACUGUGAAAUAUCAUUUUUACCACUGAAUAAUUCACAGGACUUUCAAAGUACCAACCGAGAGAACUGUAGAAUUCCCCAAUUCGAUGGUGAUGACCCAUGGCAGAAGGUCCAAGGAUCAUUCUUGAAUGUCAGCAUCAUGGCAUCACCCUGCUUAUGUUCAAUGGCACCAAGAGGUGUGGCUCCAAACACCAGGUUAAACAGUGGAAGCAUGGCUCUUAUUAUUUCCCGAAACACUUCUCGACCAGAAUUUAUCAAGCAUCUGAAAAGAUACUCCAGUGUAAAAAAUCAGUUUAAUUUUCCAUUUAUUGAGACCUAUAAUGUAAAGGAAGUAAAAGUCCAGCCAAGAAAUAACAAUAGCGGGUGUAUCACAGAAGAGAAGGCCGAAGGAGCUACAGAGAACAAUCACCUAUGGAAUGUAGAUGGGGAUUUAAUGGAAGUGUCAUCGGAGGUUCACAUUAGAGUACAUCCUCAGCUUAUCCACUGUUAUGGAGACAACUCAGAAGAAUUAGGUGAUCCCAAGGUAGCCUGUGAUUGCUUAUAGAAGAAAUUUAUGAAGUAAAAUCGUCUAACUCCAGUAAGAAUUUUUUUUAUAUGAGCUAACAUAUUUUUAAAAUACAAAUAGAGUAUCUAUAACUUAUUGUAUCUAAAUCAUUAUUUUUGAUGUUGUGAGAUUUAGUUUUUUAAAUUUGAAAUCAUUUAAAAUGCUUCAAGA